CAAGCUCAGUGGUUGAAAAAUAAAAAUCAAAACACAGGAGUUGGUAAUGAUUGGCUAGAUGAGUUUUUGGACCGACUGAUUCCACGCGCCAAUCGAACACGAAAGUCUUUGCCUUUAAAAUUUUUGUUUCUUUGAUUUGUGAGGGAUAAGAUAAACUAGUGUAAUUUUCCCAAGAAUCUGAGAGUUUUCCCGGAAACCCAGUUGGAGAAAAUGCACGAUUUCUGCUUGACGAUCCCCUACGGCCUGGUGCUGAUCGGCGGAGGAGUUUUUGGGUAUUUCAGGAAGGGGAGCACGGCUUCUUUGGCUGGAGGAGCAGGUAUCGGAUUGCUCCUUACUCUUGCUGGAUAUAUCAGUCUCAAAUCCUUCGAGGGGAAGAAGAACUCGUAUCCUGCUUUCAUUCUUGAAACGGUUUGUGCUGCUCUCCUUACAUGGGUCAUGGGACAGCGCUAUAUGCAAACUUCUAAGAUCAUGCCAGCUGGUGUUGUUGCAGGUAUCAGCGCUGUCAUGACCGGAUUUUAUUUGUACAAAAUUGCAACUGGUGGAAACCAUAUUCCGGCCAAAACCAAGUGAUGGUAUUUGAGGACUUCUUUCCACAACGUAUAAGCUGACUCUAACUUACACUCAUCCAGAUGCCCAUAUUUCAUUUCACUAAAUCGUUAAUGGAUAUAAUAUCAUGAGAUACUAUACUAUGCUGUCACAAGAUACUACGUUAAUCUAUACAAAAUCUUGUUUCAUA